GGAAGCGCGCCGGCGGGAACCCGGCGUCUAGCGCGCGCUGCAUGGAAUCCCCGGACCGCAGGUGGCCGCGGAGAUCGGCUCCACGCCCGCAGAGCCCUAACAGAGGUGCAGACCCCAGGAUGGUGGUCACCGGGGAUCCCCACUCUGACCGGCCUAGGCACUGGGUUCUGAGUCCUGGGCCCCGCCUGAGCAGGCCUGCCUGGCAAGCUGGGACAUGCCUGCCCCAGGAGGACCUUCGGUGGGCGAUGGCUGCGGUGGUGGAGGGGCCGGAGGCAAAGGAAACUGCAGCAGAAGACAGAGCAAGACUUGCCAUGAAGGCUGCAGAUGCGGAGCCCGGGGCUGUUUCUUUCUUGGCUGGGAAUUGCCUGAACUUGAACCUGUACCCUGGGGGCUGUGUCCGCUUGCUGCACCUGUGUGCUCAGCAGCCCUCACCGCUGCUGCAGGUGGAGUUCUUGCAGCUGAGCACCCAGGAGAACCCUGGGCUUCUGGAAAACACUCUGGCCCAGGUGCCCUGGAGCCAGCUGCGCCUUCGAUCUCUGGUCCUCAAAGGAGGGCAAAGCCGGGGCGCCCUGGGUGCCUGCCUCCAGGGCACCCUGACCACGCUGCCCGCUGGCCUGAGUGGCCUGGCCUGCCUUGUUCACUUGGACCUGAGCUUCAACAGCCUGGAGACACUGCCAGCCUGUGUCCCGAAGCUGCACGGCUUGGGUACCCUCCUUCUGUCUUAUAAUCACCUGUCUGAGCUGCCUGAGACCCUGUCUGCCCUGCCCACCCUCACCUUCCUUGCUGUGACACACAAUCGCCUGCAGAAACUGCCCACUGCACUGGGGGCCCUGGCUGCCUUGCAGCGCCUUGACCUCUCUGAGAACCUUCUGGACACUCUGCCCCCAGAGAUCGGAGGCUUGAGCAACCUGAGUGAGCUCAAUCUGGCCUCUAACCGGCUGCGGAGCCUCCCCGCUUCCCUUGCGGGGCUGCAGUCACUGCAGCUCCUUGUUCUGCACAGCAACCUCCUGACCUCGGUGCCCACCGGCUUGGCCCAGCUCCCAUUGCUCACACGGCUGGAUCUGAGGGACAACCAGCUCAGGAACCUGCCCCCUGAGCUACUGGAUGCUGCCUGUGUGCGCCUGCAGGGGAACCCCCUGGGCAAGGCCUCACCAGACCCCCCAAACUCCCCAGGGAUACCCCAAGAUCUGGAGAUGCCCACUCUGUUCCUGACUUCAGAUGUGGACAGCUUUCCUGUAACCCCACAAGGCUGCUGUGUGACUCUGGCCUGUGGUGUCCGCCUGCAGUUCCCAGCUGGUGCCACCUUGGACCCUGUCACCAUCCACUAUCGACUGUGGCUGCCGGAGCCAAGCCUCGUCUUCCUGGGCCCUCACGACUCUCUGCUCAGUGGUGUUCUGGAGUUGUGGCCUCAUGGUGUGGCCUUCCAACAGGAUGUGAGUCUGUGGCUGCUCUUUGUCCCACCACGAGCCCGUCGUUGCCAUGAGGUUGUGGUCAGGACACGGAGUGAGGACAGCUGGAGGGACCUGGAGACCCACCUGGAGGAGGAGGCCCCAAAGCGACUCUGGGCUCGCUGCCAGGUGCCCCACUUCUCCUGGUUCCUUGUGGUUUUACGCCCUGUGUCCAAUACCUGCCUAGUGCCACCAGAAGGGACAUUGCUGUGCUCCUCAGGUCAUCCUGAGGUCAGGGUCAUCUUCCCUCCAGGGGCCACUGAUGAGCCUUGUCACGUCUCCAUGCAGGUGGUACGCAUGGCUAUCCGGGAGCUUCGCGCCCUCCUGGGGGAGCCAGAGGCUGCUGUGAGCCCCUUGCUGUGCCUCACGCAGCAAGGCCCUGCUGGCUUUCUCUGCCCAGUCACUGUGCAGCUGCCCCUACCCCCUGGUGUCACAGGCUUCAGUCUGGACCGCUCUCGUCUGCACCUGCUGUACCGGGCCCCUCCUGCAGCCACCUGGGAUGACAUCACAGGCCAAGUGGCUUUGGAGCUUACCCACCUGUAUGCGCGCUUCAAGGUCACACAUUUCUCCUGGUACUGGUUGUGGUAUACCACCAAGAAUUGCGUGGGGGGCCUGGCGCGCAAGGCCUGGGAGCGGCUUCGGCUUCACCAGGUCAACCUCAUCGCUCUGCAGCGCCGCCGGGACCCUGAGCAGGUGCUUCUGCAGUGCCUGCCCCAGAACAAGCAGGUCGAUGCCACCCUUCGACGGCUGCUAGAGCGCUACCGCGGCCCUGAGCCUUCUGACACUGUGGAGAUGUUUGAGGGGGAGAAGUUCUUCGCUGCCUUUGAACGGGGGAUUGAAGUGGAUGCUGACCGCCCAGACUGCACAGAAGGCCGGAUCUGCUUUGUCUUCUACUCACACUUGAAAAAUGUGAAGGAGGUGUACAUCACUACCUCCCUGGACCGGGAGGCCCAGGCUGUGCGAGGCCAGGUAUCCUUCUACCGUGGCUCAGUGCCCGAGGAGGUACCUCAGGAAGCCGAGGCUGCACGGCAGAGGAAGGUUGCCGAUGCCCUAUGGAUGGCCACCCUGCCCAUCAAACUGCCGAGACUUCGGGGAUCUUUGGGGCACAGGCAGGGGCCUGGCUCCUCCUUGGUGCCUCUGAACCUGGGUGAUGCUGAGACUGGCUUUCUGACUCAGAGCAACCUACUGAGUGUGGCCAGGCGCCUGGGUCCUGACUGGCCAGCUGUGGCCCUGCACCUGGGCCUGCCCUAUCAUGAGCUGGAGUGCAUCCGACACAAGUUCCGGGAUGAUCUGGACGGGCAGAUUCGCCACAUGCUUUUCUCCUGGGCGGAGCGCCAGGCUGGGCAGUUGGGGGCAGUGGGGCGCCUGGUGCAGGCCCUGGAGCAGAGUGACCGGCAGGAUGUAGCUGAUGAGGUUCGGGCAGUCUUGGAGCUUGGCCGCCACAAGUACCAGGACAGCAUCCGUCGCAUGGGCCUGGCACGCGAGGACCCUGCCCUGCCAGAUGGCUCUGUCCACAGCCCCUAGAGCCUGCCCAGGCCUAGGGCACAGGCUGGGGCAGAGGCAGGGGCUGAUUAUGCCCUGGCCCCAACUGACAGCACCCCUUGUGCAACAA